GUCCUUGUCCAAACGGAACAAAUAAUCCAAGCUUUUCUCAGUUUCAGUAUCAGUUUCAGACAUUUUCAUUUUUUUUCUUUUCAAUUUAACUUUCAUGAGACAUGACAGCAUGCAAAUGCAACAACUCAUAAAUUGAUGAAGCUUUAGGUCACAUUUUACUCUCUUAGUUCUCAUUUUCGGUUUCACUUCUUCCACGGAAUUGUAAGAUUUGAGACCAAGAGCUUUGACGUUUCUCAGGUAAUUGUGAGAUUUGAGACCAAGAGCUUUGCCGUUUUUCAGAAUUAUUGUCGGUGACAACAACAUAUUAAGGUUGUAAUCUCAGAAUGGGAAAAUCACCAGGAAAAUGGAUCAAAACUGUACUAUUUGGGAAAAAGUCAUCCAGAUCAAAUAUGUCAAAGGGAAGAGAGAUUGUUAAUAAAAGAGAAGCAGUGGUUACUUCCAACGUGUUGGAGAACGGUUUGGCCUUAGAUCCAAACCACAUUGAGAUUGCUACAAAUGAGGAGGACCUUGAACUGGAGAAUGAAGAAUCAGAAGUUACUUUACCUGAGAAUCAAGAAAGAGACAGUAUAGGACCUGUUGAUCCAGAUGCACCACAUGAUCCAGAGAAAAUCAGGCAGGAGGUAGCAGCAAUAAAGGCACAAGCUGCUUUCAGGGGUUACUUGGCUCGCAGGGCAUUUAGGGCUCUAAAAGGCAUAAUAAGGUUGCAAGCACUUAUUCGUGGGCACCUAGUUAGGAGACAAGCAGUUGUUACAUUAUGCUGUAUGUAUGGGAUUGUAAAGUUUCAAGCACUUGCCCGUGGACUAAAGAUUAGGAAGUCUAAUGUUGGAUUUGAAAUCCAUCAGAAGUGCGGUCUGUUUAAGCCUCUGGAGGGCAAACUUGGUGAGCCGGUUGGUAUUUCCACAAAAAUUUCAAAGUUGUCUGCAAAUACUUUCAUCCGUAAGCUUCUUGCUUCAUCAAUUACAAUAAUGGCCCUGCGCUUGCAAUAUGUUAGUGGAGAUCCAAAUUCAGUGUUAAGCUGGUUGGAGCGCUGGUCAUUAUCUUGCUUUUGGAAACCAGUUUCCCAACCUAAGAAAAUUCGAGACUCUAAAUCUCAGAGAAAGCAGGGUAAUAUUUCAAAUGGAGAAGUUCAAAUUUCCAAGUCAAGACGCACUAACAGGAAGCUUCCUGUUGCUAGUUUUGAACCAGUCCCAGUGCAAACAAAUCCUGAAUUUGAGAAACCAAAACGUAAUUUCAGGAAAACACCAUACCAGGUGUCAGAUCCAGAGCAAGACAAUCCACAAAGUGAGCUUGAAAAGGUUAAACGUAACUUGAGAAAGAUUCAUAACCCUGUUGUUGAGAGUGCUGUUCAGCCAGAAGUUGAGUCUGAGACUCUAAAGCAGCAUUUGGAAAUCACGACAGUCAUUCCAGGUAAUGCUGGUUCAGAACAAGUGAUCGUUACUUCUGAGGAAAAGAUCAAGAAGGAAGAAACUUUGACUAUCUCCGAUGUGCCUGAUAUUGAAAUUACUCCAAGACCAUCGGUUAACAAGGAAGUGUCUGACAUUCCAAGUAAUUAUCAAGUGUCUGUAGAAUCUGAACCCUUGUCAGAGACAAUUACUAAAGAUAGAAACACUUCUCGUGAUGAAGUUCGAAAUGGGCUAGGCAAUCUACCAGAGGCUAUUUUUAAAGAAGACAACUCCCUAUUAACAAAUGGAGAUUUGAGUCAUAAAGAUCUGACAGGUAAUGAAAACCAGAAACCUACCCGUAAAGCAUCAAAUUUGACGAAACAGGAGAAUGGGGAAGAUGGCUUAAAGAAUAGUCCAAAAGUACCAAGUUAUAUGGCAGCAACUGAAUCCGCCAAGGCAAAGUUGAGGGCACUAGGGUCAGGAUCCCCGAGGUCUGGAGAAGAUGGAACUGAGAAAAACAACAACACUGCUGGUUCUGGGAGACAUUCUCUGCCAUCUUCAACUGGCAACAAGAUUAGUUCGCAAUCACCUAGGACACAGAGAUCAGUUCCAGCAGGUGGCAAAGGGAGUAAAAAAAGUGACAGAUCAAUAGCAUCUUCUAAAGGAGGGAAUGGUAAAGUAAUUCAAGCAGAGUGGAGGAGGUGAGCAAGGUAACCUUGGUUUUCAGGGAUUGAGAUGUUGAACAUCCUUGAGUCAAUGUGAUGAAAGUUGAUGCAACGAUGGGGUCGUUGUAUGGCCUGCUUUAACCAGCUUAUUUUUCCUGCAUUCUGGGUGGUGAGUUGUACAACAUAGGUUUUAAGUUUUGCAUGCUGCAACGUUACAAGUCUAUGCUCUGUUUGUCUUGGCUGUCCAUAUUGUAUUUUUAUCUCAGUGUGUGUAAUCCUAAACAUUAUUCGUGUUCCCAAGCUUGUGUUUGGACAAAAAUGAUCUGGUAACAUGAGAAGAUUUCUUUAGCCUUCAAGAAACUUCUUUUUUUAUUUAGUGAAGGAGGGAUCACAUUGUUACAUUUAUUGUUGCAAGCCUGUGAUGCAUGAUUAGGGUCUAGCUAGUGUAACUAAAAAUACCUUUCAAUACAGUGACUUGCUCAAUAAUAUGAUCUACCUUUUAUUAUUAA